GUGGAGGCUGAGCUGAUUGAUAAGCUGGACAGCAUGGUGUCAGAAGGGAAAGGUGAUGAGAGCUACAGGGAGCUCUUCAGCCUGCUAACCCAGCUGUUUGGGCCCUACCCCAGCCUGCUGGAGAAGGUUGAACAGGAAACAUGGCGUGAGACUGGCAUUUCCUUUGUUACCUCAGUCACUCGCCUCAUGGAACGCCUUCUUGACUACAGGGACUGCAUGAAAGGAGAGGAAACCGAGAACAAGAAGAUAGGCUGCACUGUUAACCUCAUGAACUUUUACAAAUCUGAGAUUAACAAAGAAGAAAUGUAUAUCCGAUACAUCCAUAAGCUUUGUGACAUGCACUUACAGGCUGAAAACUACACAGAGGCUGCUUUUACCCUGCUCCUUUACUGUGAGCUGCUUCAGUGGGAAGACCGGCCAUUACGGGAGUUCCUGCACUACCCAUCUCAGACAGAGUGGCAGCGGAAAGAGGGACUGUGCCGGAAGAUCAUUCACUACUUCAACAAAGGCAAGAGCUGGGAAUUUGGAAUCCCACUAUGCAGGGAGCUGGCAUGUCAGUAUGAGAACCUCUAUGAUUAUCAGAGCCUCAGCUGGAUUCGGAAAAUGGAGGCCAGCUACUAUGACAACAUUAUAGAGCAGCAACGCCUAGAGCCUGAGUUCUUCCGGGUCGGCUUCUAUGGCAGGAAGUUUCCUUUCUUCCUUCGGAACAAAGAAUACGUGUGCCGUGGCCAUGACUAUGAGAGGCUGGAGGCCUUCCAGCAAAGGAUGCUCAGCGAGUUCCCCCAGGCUGUCGCCAUGCAGCAUCCUAACCAUCCUGAUGACGCCAUCCUACAAUGUGAUGCUCAGUACUUGCAGAUCUAUGCAGUGACACCCAUUCCAGAAUAUGUGGAUGUUCUGCAGAUGGAUAGGGUACCAGAUCGUGUCAAGAGCUUCUAUCGUGUCAACAAUGUGAGGAAGUUCCGGUACGACAGACCUUUCCACAAAGGCCCCAAGGACAAGGAGAAUGAAUUCAAGAGCCUGUGGAUUGAGCGUACCACGCUGACCCUAACCCACAGCUUGCCUGGAAUCUCUCGGUGGUUUGAAGUGGAAAGAAGGGAAUUGGUGGAGGUGAGCCCUCUGGAGAAUGCUAUCCAGGUUGUUGAGAAUAAGAACCAGGAGCUGCGAGCCCUGAUCAGCCAGUAUCAACACAAGCAGGUGCAUGGUAAUAUCAACCUGCUCAGCAUGUGCCUGAAUGGAGUCAUUGAUGCAGCUGUCAAUGGAGGCAUUGCACGCUACCAGGAGGCCUUCUUUGAUAAAGAUUACAUCACCAAGCAUCCAGGAGAUGCAGAGAAGAUCGCCCAGCUGAAAGAGUUAAUGCAGGAGCAGGUCCAUGUCCUUGGAGUUGGGCUAGCAGUCCAUGAGAAGUUUGUUCACCCAGAAAUGCGGCCUCUGCAUAAGAAGUUGAUUGAUCAGUUCCAGAUGAUGCGGGCCAGUCUAUACCAUGAAUUUCCAGGUUUGGAUAAGCUAAGUCCUGCAUGUUCAGGCACAAGCACACCACGGGGAAAUGUUUUGGCAUCCCAUAGCCCAAUGAGCCCUGAGAACAUCAAGAUGAGCCACCGGCACAGCCCCAUGAACUUGAUGGGCACAGGCCGCCAUUCAUCAUCCUCUCUCUCCUCACAUGCGUCUAGUGAAGCGGGAAACAUGGUGAUGAUGGGCGACAGCUCCAUGGGCGAGGCUCCUGAGGACCUGUACCAUCACAUGCAGCUCACGUAUCACAAUCCCAGGUACCAGGGCUCAGUCACCAACGUCUCUGUUCUGUCCUCGUCCCAGGCAAGCCCUUCUUCCUCCAGCCUGAGUUCCACUCACUCAGCACCAUCCCAGAUGAUUACUUCUGCCCCUUCCAGUGCCCGAGGCUCUCCCUCUCUGCCAGAUAAGUACCGCCAUGCCCGAGAAAUGAUGUUGCUGUUACCCACACACCGGGACCGCCCAAGCAGUGCCAUGUAUCCAGCAGCCAUCUUGGAGAAUGGACAGCCACCAAACUUCCAGCGGGCCCUGUUCCAGCAAGUUGUUGGAGCCUGCAAACCCUGCAGUGAUCCCAAUCUAUCUAUAGCAGAAAAAGGUCAUUACUCCCUACACUUUGACGCCUUCCACCAUCCUCUGGGCGAUAUCCCUCCAGCUCUCCCUGCCCGGACUCUGCGCAAGUCUCCUCUCCACCCCAUCCCAGCCUCCCCCACAAGCCCUCAGUCGGGCCUGGAUGGCAGCAACUCUACACUGUCUGGCAGUGCCAGCAGUGGUGUGUCCUCCUUAAGCGAGAGUAACUUUGGGCACUCCUCAGAGGUCCCACCUCGAACUGACACCAUGGACUCUAUGCCGAGCCAGGCCUGGAAUGGCGACGAAGACCUUGAGCCGCCCUACCUCCCUGUCCACUACAGCCUCUCCGAAUCCGCUGUCCUGGACUCCAUCAAGGUCCAGCCAUGCAGAAGCCACUCAGCCCCAGGAUGUGUCAUCCCUCAGGACCCCACGGACCCGCCUGCGCUGCCGCCCAAGCCCUACCACCCCCGCCUGCCAGCCCUGGAACACGAUGAGGGAGUGCUGCUGCGCGAAGAGGCCGAGAGGCCGAGAGGCCUGCACCGAAAGGCCUCACUGCCUCCUGGGAGCACCAAGGAGGAGCAGGCCCGCAUGGCCUGGGAGCACGGCCGAGGGGAACAGUGAGGGGCAGGGAAGCAGCUGCAACACCUUCAGUGAGCAGCUUGCCCAAGCACUCCAGGUCUGAAAAGCAAAUCCCUCCUAGGGAGCGAGAGAGGCUUGGCACUCGGGAGAGAACCACCCUGAGUCUCUCUUCUACUGCCGUGAACUCAUAUGUUGCCAUGUUCAGAGGCCACAGCAGCAUGAAGGGUUGUGGCUUCUCUUUUUAUUUCCUUUUUUACAUUCCAUUUCUAUGGAUUUUCCUUUAUGCAGUAGAUGCUUUCUUCCUCCUGCAGUUCCAGACCACAUGGAGCUAUAUGGAGAUAUUGCACAGACAGAAUUGCUUUGCAGCAUUGCAGGGCCCAGGAGCAGGAGCCCAGGCCCUCCCUCCAGGGUUGAGAUGCACAGAAUGGAAAUUGCACUAGGGACCUCUUCCUUUGCUAGGUGGACAGAAAAGUUCAUGGUUGCAUUCAGGGAUUGCAAGGACCACGUGGGCUACAUGUCACAAGUGGACAAAGGGGCCAAAAUCCGUUUUGCACAAAUGCUUGCCCACCUGCCCACUCUUCUGUCCAGGAGUGUGCAACUGAGGGGCUGGUCAGACCAACGUGCUGACUCAGGCAUGUAACUAGCCUAACUGCAUGCCCAGGGCACACUGCCAGGCUUCCAUGGGCCAGCCUCAUCUACUCCUACUUGGACUUUUCUCAUCACUUUUAUUUCUGACCAUUUGCUCCCUUCCACUCAAACACCUCAUGACCUGCA